UAACCACUGUCUGUUUAUUGCAUAGUAGCUUCUACGAUCAAGGAGUUGUUGUUCAGCAGUCUCCCGUCCUCGUCUUCACUUAGGAGGCCAGGCAUCGAUCCAUAAGCUGAGUUAAAGGCAUACAGUAGAAAGUGAAGUCAUUUGUCUCUUUGACCAGUUACAAGUCGGACCAACAAUUCUCACGGGCAGAAGUAUAGGUGAUUCAGUGCAGAGAAGACGAAUUCAUCAGCCCCAUAAACAAAGGACUGACAAUUUCAAUCAGAUUGCUAAAUACGAAACGUAAGUUCAAGGAGGAGAAAGAUUACUGUACUUUAUCAAGAGAACACAACAGAAGCUGACCAGGCCUCCUUAUAGUUCAAAAAGUCUUUCCACAGUCCUUAUGGCGGACUGCCUUUAUCUGCUUUAUAAAUGUUCUUCCUCUUGGACAGCUGUCAACUCGCUUCCUUUCACCACCCACUUCUUCCUCUCUUUGCUACCCGAGUGUUGACAGGAAUUAUCUACAGGUUCCAGCUAGGUUUGGCUCACUGGGCUCUGAGUCUGCAGAGCUCGUGUUCUGAGUGGGCUCGCAGCAGGGAAGGUCCGGGUAGGUAGGGUUUGGGCAGCGCCAUCCAUUGCCUGCUAGGCGGUACCCUGCGCCACCAGUCACCUCUGCGAGCGUCUGAGCGCCCUCUGGCGAGGAGGAAGUGUCUUUCUCUUCUAGCUGCGAGAGGUGAGCUGCGAGAGGCUCAACCUCGGGUAAUGAAAUCCAGGACACCCAUAGCCCCGCCCACCACGCAGUUCCUGUCACGUGCCCCGGCGCUGUCCAAUCAGCGCCCUGAAGCUCCCGGCUUGUGAUUCAAACUGCGGCGCGUGGAACGAAACAGUGGAGCUUUUCCGGGCCAGGAUGCCUUUACGGAAACAUCGUUGUCGGUUCAAGAGUUAUGAGCAUUGCUUCACGGCAUCGGAGGCUGUGGACUGGCUGCACGAGCUUCUGAGAAACAGUCAAAACUUUGGCCCCGAGGUAACUCGCAAGCAAACAGUCCAGCUGCUGAGAAAAUUCCUCAAGAAUCACGUUAUCGAGGACAUCAAGGGAAAAUGGGGCCAGGAGGACUUUGAAGACAACCGUCACCUGUACAGAUUUCCUCCUUCCUCACCCCUGAAGCCAUAUCCAAAGAAGCCCCUGUAUCAAAGAGAUGUUAUUAAGUUUCCAGAAUGGAAUGAUCCCCCGCCAGGCACUUCACAGGAGAACAUUCCAGUGAGGCCGAUUGUGAUGAACUCUGAGAUGUGGUUCAAGCGCCACAGUAUUGCUAUUGGAGAGGUGCCCGCGUGCCGUCUCAUCCACCGCAGACAGCUGACCGAGGCCAAUGUGGAAGAGAUCUGGAAGUCUACGACGUUGUCACAUUUACAGAGAAUUCUUGGCCUUGAUUCCUUGGAAGAAGUUUUAAACACAAAGCUUGUCAACUCCAAGUUCAUCAUCCAUAAUGUGUAUAGUGUCAGCAAGCAGGGAGUGGUCAUCUUGGACGACAAGUCGAAAGAACUUCCUCAUUGGGUCCUGUCAGCUAUGAAGUGUUUGGCAAAUUGGCCCAACUGUACAGAUUGGAAGCAGCCUAUGUACUUGGGAUUUGAAAAGGAUGUCUUUAAAACUAUUGCAGAUUACUAUGGCCACCUGAAGGAGCCACUGCUCACAUUUCACCUUUUUGAUGCUUUCGUCAGUGUAUUAGGUUUGCUGCCGAAGGAGCAAAUGGCAACUGAGGCGUUUCAGAUUUGCUGUCUCCUUCUGCCUCCUGAAAACAGGAGAAAGUUACAGCUGCUGAUGCGGAUGAUGGCGAGGAUCUGCUUAAACAAAGAGAUGCCGCCACUGUGUGAUGGCUUCGGCACCCGCACACUGAUGGUUCAGACAUUUUCCCGGUGCAUCUUGUGUUCGAAGGAUGAGGUAGAUUUAGAUGAGUUACUAGCUGCUCGGUUGGUGACGUUUCUGAUGGACAAUUACCAGGAGAUUCUGAAAGUCCCUCUGGUCCUGCAGACCUCCAUCGAGGAGCGUGUGGCUCACCUGCGAAGAGUGCAGAUAAAAUACCCAGGAGCUGAUAUGGACAUCACCCUGUCUGCACCUUCAUUUUGCCGUCAAAUUAGUCCUGAGGAGUUUGAGUACCAAAGGGCGUAUGGCUCCCAGGAGCCCCUGGCAGCGUUGUUGGAAGAAGUCAUUGUUGAUGACAAACUCUCCAACAAGGAGAAGAAGAAGAAGCUGAAGCAGUUUCAGAAAUCUUACCCUGAAGUCUACCAGGAACGAUUUCCUACCCCAGAGAGUGAAGCACUUCUGUUUCCUGAGAAACCCAAGGCCAAACCACAGCUGUUCAUGUGGGCACUGAGGAAACCUUUCCAGCCGUUUCAGAGAACCAGAAGUUUCCGGAUGUGAUGCUGUGACGAAGCUUGAGGGACCUCAGUGGUAGAGACACUUUGAGUCGGUUGAGACUCAAGAACGCCGUUAUAAACUACUAAAUGUGUGGCUUCAGGUCGCCCAACUCCUUAAAUGUCGAGCCGUUGUCAGUAUUUGUAUAAAUCUUGAUGCUGUUUGCAGAGAUGUACAAAUGAGUGAAUGAUCACAAGUCAGGUGUGUAGUGGUGGUGCGAAGAGGCUUGGGAUGCUUAAAAAGUCUAAAGGUAAAGUGUUCCCUUCCUGUUUGUCGUUUUCUGUGGUGUGUAAAGUUUUUGUGCAUUGCUCACCCAUGUGUCUGAAAACCAAGCCUAUGGAUACUGUACAUACUUGAAUAAGAACAACACUGUGCUGUUACUGUGGUAGCAUCAACCCAGCUGCCAGUUGUGAUCUCUCCUGUGUAAAUCCCAUGGUUUUAUUGUCGUUUGCUUUUAUUUUUAUUUCUUCUUGUUUUGUUACUGGGAAAAGUCCUCGUGUUUUGCACUGUGAUAUCUGUGUCUUUUAGUGCAGAUUUGCCUGUUGCUCUUUGAGUACCCGUAUGCGGUCUGGGUCUGCGUGUGUGUGGAUGUGGAAUAGUAUGCAUCUGCCCACGGUCCUGUAAUUUGAGUCUCAGCUAAAGAUGGAAGGUUGAGCAGGAAGAAUUCUUUGGGCUCCCUUGGACCUGUACAUCUAAAUUAAGUCUUUGGUUUUAUGAAAAGUAUAAAUGGGUUGAGUAAGAUGAAUUACUUUCUUUAUGAAUAUAUUUUUCAGCUUCUUCAUUGUUUUAAAAAUACAUGGAAUGUAAAUAAAUACUGAUUUUUUUUUAUAUAUA